AUGUCGGAAUCCAAGGCCAAAAACAUGCUGCAGAAGUUGUCGUUAACACCCAGAAAGAAUCAUGAAAACGAAGGACCCCGGGCUCCGGAGACCGAAGAAGAACUGCUUCAGAAGCUGAAGGCAUUUAAGUGAGUCCUAAGAACUAAUCUGCUGGGGAACGGCGUUGCUUUCAGUGAAGAUAAAGAUUAUCUGCAUAUAUGGACGACUUACGAGAAACUGGCAAUAUUGAUAGAAGAACGGGCAAUGGCAGGAGACAAAACGAAGAAAGGAGAAUACGGAAAGCAGAUGUUCUACUGUCAAGGGGCCGCCCAGGCACUCGUGAAGCUCUGGAAAAGGGAUUCCGACCUUCCGUGUAAGUUCUGAAUAUCAUAGGAGAAGAAGAAGCCAGAGGAGCCCGUUUGCAGUCGAGCAGUUCGUGGGAGGAGACGUCUCUCGGCUGUACCACAAGGCCCUUGACGUGGCAGUCCGACACAUGGAUGCGACGAUCGUGCACACGGUGGCCAGAGAGGGAGGCGUCGCCCUGAUGAGCAUCGACAAGUACAUGGAAGCGAGAGAUGUGUUCGUUAGAGGUGAGCUCGCCAACAGACUCCACUGCCAACUAAGCAUUUCCAGGAGAACAGCAGCUUGUGGCCGUGCCGUCGGACGAUCUCCCCGACUUUUUAGAAAGGCUGAUCGUGCUUUACGGAAUAAUGGAUUCCCUUUUGAUAGAGGAGCGAUGGAAUGAAUACAUGGUGUACACGGACAAGAUUUGGAUGAUGACGAUGAAGGAAGAGAAGCGCAGUCCCUUGUUGGAUAAUAUAAUCAAAGAAGUCGAGCAGGUUGCCGUCCUUCUUCUUGUUUUUCAGAGGGUUAGUGCCAAAUGAACUGAAUGUAAAUUUGAGUUUGGAGCAUUCAGAGAGUGGAAUGCAGCGAACGGCACAAACAACUGUUGGCCUCGUACCGAACGGACGAAUGGAGUGCUCCGGUGAGUGAGUCCUUCUUCUCGUACAAUCAGAAUCCUCCUUUUCAGAUGACUAAGCACGACCCGCUGCUUUCUUCGUUGAAUCCAUCCGAACAGAAGGUCUUCCGUCGGUUCCUGUUCCACAUGACCUCCAGAUUACGAAGCAUUGACAAGGUUUCCACUUCCCUCUGGUUCACCUCACUCUGAUCCUUUCAGUGCUCCCAAAUGAUUCCUAAAAUCAGCGAAGAAGUGCUCCGUCCGUUACGAAUCGAAGCGUUCAAUGACAAUGAAAAUCUUCGAAAUCUGAGCCACGUGGCAAUCUACAGUAGGACUGCCAUCAACUUUUUCCUUCAUUCUUCCAUCAAUUAUUCUCCUUUUCUGUAUCUCAGACCCUAA